CUGAGCAGCAUCGCCGGUUUUUGUGUCACCGAACGAGGCACCUUGUUCAAGUGACAUGGAAUGUGCAUAGCAUUCUAGCCACGAUUGUCGUCGCCCUCGAGCUGUCUGUGACGCACCGCUGUGACAGGAGUCGUCCGAUAUGUCAGAACUAUUACCGAUACGGAUGCUCAUGUCGCUUUCGAGAGAUCCACGACUGUCUCUCGAUUCUCGUCGCCCUCGAUCUUCGAGACGACCGUCUGCUGACAGAAAUGACAUCUUCCUUGAAUCGUUAGAGAAGGAUGGACGUGCGGCACUGAUCAUCACCCGAGGUAGGUUCGUGCUGCUCAUCGACACUCGCCGAUUGCCCAGCCUCCCAAGGCCAAGUUGUUGUUGUUGAAGACGAUCGUCUGAUUCAUAUCGUAGCUGUUCGACCAAAUCCAACAGAAUUCGCACACUACUCAUAACAUCAUCGAAGUGGGCGGAACUCAGUUCUUUGCAGCUCAAUCCAAUUACCAGUGGGUUGAGUAGGUGGACACAAACUUGUGACGCGUCUUUCAUUCUGACCGGGUCCCGUGUCACAAUCCUUUGUACCAAUCUCGAUUUGGCGUGAAUGA